UAGAGAUGGGGUUUCGCCAUGUUGGCCAGGCUGGUCUUGAAUUCCUGACCUCAGGUGAUCCGCCCACCUCAGCCUCCCAAAGUGCUGGGAUUACAGGUGUAAGCCACCGUGCCCAGCCAGUGACAGAGAUAUUACUGUCAUUAGCAGACAGAGGCCAGGCAUGCUGAAGGGCUCAACUGCAUGGGACAGUAUUCCUUACCUAAGAAUGGUUCUCAAAUACUAGUGGCACCUUCUCUGAGAACCACUGUAUUGUUUAAAGACAACCUAUUCUGGUUUCUUGUUCAGUGGAUAGGUACAUGGAUGAAUGAAUUCACAAUGAUAAAUAUUUUUAAAAUAUUCCUUCCUCAAGGCAUAAUGCAAGAUUAUUAUAUUUAUUAUAUUAUAUUGGUUAUUCAUUAUUGUGUCACAAAUUACCCCAAACCUCAGGGGCUGAAAACAACAAACAUUGAUCUCAGUUUCUGGGUUUCGGAAUCUGCCAGGUCUUGCCCAUUUGGUUCUGGUUGAGGGUCUCACAUGAUGCAGUGAUGAAGGUGUUGAGAAGGGCUGCAGCGAGGAAGGAGCUGGCUCCUCCAGGCUCACCCAGUGGCUGUUGGGAAGCCUCAGUUCCAUGGCACAUGAGCUUCCAUAUGGCGGCCUUACAACACAGCAGCCAGACUCCUCCAGAGAUUGAGAGAGGGCCCAAGAUAGAAGUUGCACUUCUUUCUAACCUAGUCUUGGAAGUGGCAUCUCAUCAUGUUCCCCUAUUCUGUUCAGGACAUUGAGUCAGUGAGUCCGGCCCACAGUCAAGAGGGGAGGAUUACGCAAAAGCAUGAAUACCAGAGUCAGAGGUCACUGGGGCCAUCUUAGAGGCCACCUACCACAAAUACAGAAGAAAGUAUUUUAAAAGACCAAAUGAGAACCACUUCAGGUUUAACAGGGAUUAUGCUUUUCCAGAUAUCAUUUGAGGAUGUGGCUGUGGAUUUCACAUUGGAGGAAUGGCAGCUACUUAAUCCUACUCAGAAGAACUUGUACAGAGAUGUGAUGUUGGAGAACUAUAGCAAUCUGGUUUUCUUGGGUUUUCAAAUUCUCAAACCUGAUGCAAUUUUCAAACUGGAACAACAAGAUCCAUGGAUAAUAGAUCAAGAAAUCCUAAAUCAAAACUUUUCAGAAGUCUGGCUAGAUAAUCCCAAAAUGUGGCUCCAAGAUAAUCAAGACAACCUUAAAAGUAUGGAGAGAGGCCAUAAAUAUGAUGUUUUUGGAAAAAUAUUUAAUUCAAGCAUAAACAUUGUUCAUGUAGGAAUGAGAUCCCAUAAAUGUGGCACAGGAGAAAAAAGUUUAAAAUGUCCUUUUGAUUUGCUUAUUCCAAAAAAUAACUGUGAAAGAAAGAAAAUUGAUGAACUCAAUAAGAAAUUAUUAUUCUGUGUCAAACCUGACAGAACCCAUGAUGGAAUAAAAUACUGUGAUUGCAAUACAUGUAGAAAACCCAGCAACAAAGAGCCAUGGCUCACUGCUAAUCAUGUAACACACACAGGAGUCUAUUUAUGCAUGGAAUGUGGCAGAUUUUUUAACAAGAAGUCACAACUUAUUAUACACCAGAGAACUCAUACAGGAGAGAAGCCCUAUCAAUGCAGUGAGUGUGGAAAAGCCUUUUCACAGAAGUCACUGCUCACUGUUCAUCAAAGAACUCACUCAGGAGAAAAACCAUAUGGGUGCAGCCAAUGUCAGAAAGCUUUUAGUAGGAAGUCACUCCUCAUUUUACAUCAGAGAAUUCAUACUGGAGAGAAGCCGUAUGGAUGCAGUGAAUGUGGAAAAGCCUUCAGUAGGAAGUCGCAGCUUAAAAGACAUCAGAUAACUCACACAAUAGAGAAACCCUACAGUUGCAGUGAGUGUGGGAAAGCAUUCUCCCAGAAAUUAAAACUCAUCACACAUCAGAGAACGCACACAGGAGAGAAACCCUAUACGUGUAGUCACUGUGGAAAAGCCUUCUUUUGGAAGUCGCAGCUUAUUACUCAUCAGAGGACCCACACAGGGAAGAAACCUUAUGCAUGUAGUGAGUGUCAAAAAGCCUUCAGCAGGAACUCGCUUCUCAUUAGGCAUCAGAGGAUUCAUACAGGAGAGAAGCCCUACGAAUGCAAUGAAUGUGGUGAAGCCUUCAUCAGAAAACCACAGCUGAUUAAACAUCAGGUAACUCACACAGGAGAGAAGAACUAUCGAUGCAGUGAUUGUGAAGAGGCCUUCUUUAAGAAGUCAGAGUUAUUAAGACAUCAAAAAAUUCACUUAGGAGAGAAACCAUAUGGAUGCAUUCAAUGUGGGAAAACCUUCUUUGGGAAGUCCCAGCUCCUAACGCAUCACAGAACACACACUGGGGAGAAGCCUUAUGAAUGCACUGAGUGUGGGAAGGCCUUCACCCAGAAGUCAAGCCUGAUAUCACAUCAGAGAACACACACAGGUGAGAAACCCUAUGAAUGCAGUGAAUGCAGGAAAACCUUCAGUGAGAAGUCAAGUCUCAUUCAUCAUCAGAGAACCCAUACUGGAGAAAAGCCCUUUGAAUGUAGUGAAUGUAGGAAAGCUUUUGCCUGGAAGCCACAGCUUCUUAGGCAUCAGAGAAUUCAUACAGGGGAGAAACCCUAUGAAUGCAGUGAAUGUGGGAAAGCAUUUGUUCAGAAAGUGCAGCUCAUUAAGCAUCAAAGAAAUCACACAGGAGAGAAAACCUAUGGAUGCAGUGAUUGUGCAAAAGCUUUCUUUGAGAAGGCACAGCUCAUUAUACAUCAGAGAAUUCAUACAGGAGAGAGACCAUAUAAAUGUGGUGAAUGUGGGAAGUCUUUCACGAGAAAGUCACACCUUAUGAGGCAUCAGAGGAUUCAUACAGGAGAUAAAUACUAUGGAUGCAAUGAGUGUGGGACCACCUUCAACAGGAAAUCGCAGCUUAUGCUACAUCAGAGAAAUCAUAUAAUAUAAAAAUCAUGAGUUUGGCAAAUGCAGAAAGGUUGAUAUCAAAUGUCAUACUUUCUGACACUUUUGAGGAUGCAUGUGGGAGAGAAACCCUAUUGAGGCAGUGACUGUUGAAAAGCUUGGAUUGAGGAGUCAAGAGUCACUAAGCAGAAUUUAGAAAGGAGAGAAGUUUUUAAAAAGUAAACAGUGUAAAAAAAGUCAUCUCCCAGAAGACACUACUCGUUACAUAUUGGAUGACUCGUUGAGGUGAAAACCUUAUUAGUGUUGUGAUAGUAGAGAAGCUUUUAGUCAAAAGUCAGUUUAUUACAUGUUUAGAAGACCUAAACAGGAAGAAAAUUCUAGGCCGGGCACGGUGGCUCACGCUUGUAAUCCCAGCACUUUGGGAGGCCGAGGCGGGCGGAUCACGAGGUCAGGAGAUCGAGACCACGGUGAAACCCUGUCUCUACUAAAAAUACAAAAAACUAGCCGGGCGUGGUGGCGGGCGCCUGUAGUCCCAGCUACUCGGAGAGGCUGAGGCAGGAGAAUGGCGUGAACCCGGGAGGCGGAGCUUGCAGUGAGCCGAGAUCGCGCCACUGCACUCCAGCCUGGGUGAGAGAGCGAGACUCCGUCUCAAAAAAAAAAAAAAAAAAAAAAAAAAAAAAAAAAAAAAAAAGGAAGAAAAUUCUAUUGUUUGUUACAACAAAGUGGAAGACUUCAAGAAAGGACAACUCACUAUACACUUGAGAAUAAUACCUACAGAGGUUCAUACUGAAGAGUAGUCUCAAUAGCGUAAAGAAUUUGACAAGCAUGAUGCUAUUGAAAUAGUUCUGUAAGGAAGUGGUGUUCUUUAUACAUAAAUUAUUAUUAUUACAGAAAGCAGUCAAAGUGUUAGGUGUGUUUACUUAGAUGUGAAGAGUUCUGCUUUCUGCUGUGAUGGAAUAACAAGGGUCAGAUUUCCUCUCCUGCCUUAAACAACUAGAAGCUGUACAAUACAUAUAAUAUAUAAUGGUUUUCAGACAUAGGACAAGCACAGGUUUGUGAUCCUCGGGAGACUGCAGACAGAGUGAGGUGAGCACCACGGUUUCUCAGCCUGCACCCGCAUGGCCGUUACUAGGCUGCAGUUCAGGGAAGGGAAACAAUAAAUCUUGCUGAAUUGAAGAGACAGGAUUGGCAGUUGGGGAGGCCACAGCAGCUAGAAUUUGCAGGGGAAAGUGCUGGAGAGAUGGGAUCCUCCUAGAUACAGGGCUCAAGAAGUCUGCUGGGAGUCCUCUGACUCCUUUGACUUAGUACUGACUUGCACUGAGGCCAGGAAAAGCAGCACUGGAAAGCAGCAGGCUGAACAAUUCCUGGAACACAUGCAGGGCUGGGAAUAGUUUGUGUUCUCAGCAGCCAGAGUGGAAACAGAUUCUAACACACAAAGCAUCAGGUAGAAUUCUCAGAAAGGUUUUGUUUUAGUAGUUAGCUCUAGAUUAAAAGCUACUCUGGACCUAUAGUGUCCAGCAUCCAAAUAAAUUUAUCUGGCAUGCAAAGAAGCAAUAAAGCAUGAUUUAUAACCAGGAGAAAAAUCAAUGGAGACCCAGAAAAGACAGAGGUGAUGGAAUUAGUAGACAAGGAUAUUAAAAGAGCUAUUGUAAAUAUAAAGUAGAGGAAAACAUAAGGUUGAUGAAACCUGAGGUAUAAGAGAUAUUUUUAAUGGCCAAAAUGGAACUUCUAGGGAUGAAAACAACUUCUGAUUUUGUUAAAAUCCUGGGUGGAGAGAUUAGAUACAGAAAAAGAAAAAAAAAAGUCAAUGAACUUGAAGAGUAAGAAUAAAAACUACCAAAGUGAUAUAGAGAGAAAAAAAGACUUAAGAGAAGAGAAAGAGAAUAGGAAAACCGCUACAGUGGUGUAAUAUAUGUGUAACUGGAGUCCCAGAAGGAGAGAAAAUGAAGAGAAAUGAAGAAGGAUUUGAAUAAAUAAUGGCUAAAGAUUUUCCAAAUCUGAUGAAAACAAUACCCCACAUAUUCAAGAAGCUCAAAUGAUCUGAAGUAGAAUAAACAUAAUUUAUAUCACAACAGUGCACCUCAGAGUCACAUUCAUGAAAAGCACUGAUAAACAAUAAUUUUAAAACACCUUGAGAAAAAAACGAUAAUACAUACACAUGGACAAAGAAUGGCAGCAUAUUUCUGGUGAGAACUAUGCAAGCUAUAAGACAAUGGAGUAUUAUCUCUAAAUUCCUGAAUGAAAUAAACAACAAACCCUGCAACCUAGAAUUCUGUUUCCAUCAAAAACAUUUUCAAAAAUGAAGGCAAAAUAAAGACUGUUUCAGACAAACUAAAUCAAAGAUAAUUUUAUUACCUGUAGACCUGUCUUCGGGAAACAUUAAAGGAAGUUUGAGGGUAGCAGGAAAAUAAUACAAAACUUAAGUUUGGGUCUGUACAAAGGAAUGAAGUUCUGAAAAUGGUGAAUAUGUGGGUAAAUAUAAAAGAUAUUCUCUUUUUAAAAUAUUUUUAAAAGGGAAUUGGCUGCUUAAAGCCAAAGUAAUGAUAACAUAUUUGGAGUUUAUUUAGAAGUAAAGUGUGACGACGAUAACACGUGUGAAUUUUUAACACUGCAUCAUCUGAGUCAGAAGCCUAUUCCUUCAGGGCUCAGGGUAACUUGAAUUUGUACUAGGCACAUGACAGAAAUUAUAUGUAUUGUGGAUCUCCAUGUGUGCUGAGUAUUCCCUAUUUCUUUGAUCCCUUUUCCAUUUUCUGCUCUGCUGCCCCCCGAGGCUGUCUUCUAGAGACUGGGGUUUCUUCAUAGGUUUGAACAGUGGGAGAUACCAGAAAGAGAUCAGGUGGGAGGAGAAAAAGUUAAUACCUUUCCCUUCCUCCUACCUGGACCGUGGUUUAGGUAGCUUCUGUGUUCCCAUAAGGAUACAGCUCCCUUUGGGAAGCCCCAUCUAUGGCUGUAGAUCUCUCGGUUUCAGUUGACACCAUUCCCUCUCCAUGAUCUUCAGACUUAACUACUACUGGGUGCUUCCCCAACCCACUGGUUGGGUGUCUUUCAUUGUGAACACAUAUUUGUAAAUAGUGCCUUUAUUAAUUGUUCUUGAGUUAAUACUUUGAGUGUGCCAUUUAUUUUCUGUGCCAUCUGUUAAAUGAUGAGCAUUUAAUAAAAUUGUGAUAAUCAGUUAUCAGUACAAGUGCCUCAUAGUGCCUAGGCUGAAAUGUCUCAAGAUUCCCCACACUACAUAUCAGUAUUUUCUAUCUGUAUCUGGACAAUGCAGUAGAAAUUAUAACAAAUACAAAGUUCUUUGUGCUUUUCUGCUGCAUAUGUCAGUGGCUCUGGAGAUUGUUACCAUCUGCUACAUAUAUAAAUGGACUUGCAGUUAUUACUAAGCCCCUCUUCAGUAAUAGAAAGACUUAUGAAGUCUUUUACUACCUCUGGGUUAGCCAAACAACCUUCAAGAAGCAUUGUUAUUUAGGUUAAAUAUCCAUGGACAAGAAACAAGAUAAUCAGUUACUGAGUGAAGAAAGAUGGGAAUGAUGAAAGAUGGGAAUGAUGUCCCGUAC